GGAGGGACUGGAGAGGAAAUUAAUAUUUUUAGAAUAACAGCCAGUGUGCCAGUCGUUGUCGUCAACAUUUCACAGGAACGAUGGCCUAAACGUGUGUUGUGUUAGUAAAAAAAAAAAAGGAAAAAAAAAAACCAGAUCUCCAGAUGAAUUGAGAGGAAGAUGACUUUCACAUACAGUCAGAUAUAAAACGAGGUGUUGUUGGCUGAUGGUGAGAUCAGAUUGCCAACCGGCUGCUGCUGCUCUUCAUUCAGAGAUGUAAAAAGUUAUGGCUGUAAAACGUGAGCAUAAAAGUUUUCUGAGAAUCGCUGAAGAGCGACGCUGCAGUGGAUGAGACGCGUGUCUUCCAGAUGGAGAUGGAGACGGAUCUGCGGCUGGAGUCCAGUCUGUGGGUCGGGACUAAACGAUACCGGGCGGUGCUGACCGGCUGGCACUUCAACUGGACCGAGCUGGACAAGAACAACCGAGACAAGAAAACAGUUUCAGUACCAGUAGCCGAGGUGGUCGGAGUGGAGGAGGGCCGGGUGGAGAUCCUGCCCCACAAGUCAGUCGAGGACACGGAGAAAGACUUCACAGUUUUCUACGUGAAGCGCAGCAGCAGCGGGAGCUCUUAUGGGUUACUAUGGACACUGGGCCGGACCCAGUUCAGCUGCCCCAGUCGGGUGCUCAGAGACCAGUGGACAAAACACCUGAGAGCUGCUCUCAAAACUCACAGUCCGUUGCGUCCAAACAAGCUGCUGGUGUUCAUCAACCCGUAUGGAGGAAAGAAGAAAGGAAGACAGAUCUACCACACUCUGGUUGCCCCUCUGUUUGAGCUGGCUGGUAUCAGCUCUCAUGUAAUAGUGACUGAGCGAGCCAACCAGGCCAGAGACCAUCUCCUGAAGAAAGACCUGACCGGCUUUGACGGUGUGGUGUGUGUGGGUGGAGAUGGCAUGUUCAGCGAAUUACUUCACGGUUUGAUCGGGCGGACACAACAAGAGGCAGGCCUUUGUGAGAAUGAUCCCACUGUCACUUUGCAGCCUUGUCCGCUUCACAUUGGCAUCAUCCCUGCAGGCUCUACAGACUGUGUGUGUUACGCCACAGUGGGAGUGAUCGACCCCGUCACUUCAGCUUUGCACAUCAUCAUUGGAGACUCUCAGCCCUUAGAUGUGGGUUCAGUCCAUCAGGCCUCUACUCUGGUGCGCUACUCCGUGUCUCUGUUGGGCUACGGCUUCUACGGUGACGUACUGGCUGAGAGUGAAAAACACCGCUGGAUGGGACCGCUCCGAUACGACUAUUCAGGCACAAUGGUGUACCUGAGCAACAGGAGCUAUGCAGGCAUAGUUCAGUAUCUACCAGCAGACCCGCUGCUCUCCAGCCCUAGAGACAGGACACGCUGCCUCUCAGGGUGCAGUGUGUGCUCGAGAAGCACAGAGAGACUUUUCCCCCACUCGUCAGAUCCAGGCUCCUUGUACAGCUCCCACUCCAGCCAGUUCAGCAGUGACUCAGAAGGUGAGUGGGUGAGUGUGGAGGGUAAGUUCAGGUGUGUGUCUCUCACCUGCAUGUCCAGCUCGUGUCCUAAGAGUCCUCUGGGCCUCUCUCCGUCUGCUCACCUUGCGGACGGAACGGGAGACCUCAUUCUGGUAUGGGACACUCACCCGCUGGGGUUCCUCAAGUUCCUCUACAGGCACACCAGCACACAGGACCAGUUUGACCUGCCGUUUGUGGAGGUCCACCGCGUGAAGGCCGUCCGUUUCUCUCUCCCUCCCGGAAAAGAGCAGGAAUUGUACGAAGAGAUCGAAGGGUCGAGUGGUGGGAUGGAUGAAGAAGAGGGAAGCUACGUUGAGACUGUGAGCACGACCGGAUCUCAGCAGCACCUGGCAGAGAGAAACACAGGACGAGAUGUGACCAACAAACAGAAAACAGCGACCCCCUUCCUGUGCGGUCUGUGCUGCAGUAAAUCUCCCGCUGUGUCGGUGUGGAACUGUGACGGAGAGAUCCUGCCUAUCACCGAGGUCCUCUGCAGGGUUCACGGCCAGCUGGUGCGUCUGUACGCCCGGGGCAUCGAGGACGGAGCAGCCGUGCACAACUGCAGCGAAGGAAACGGAGCAAUGUGUGAAAGGGGAUGCACCUUAUACACAAAUAGUCUCCCCUAAAUUUGGGAUAAUGAAUGAUGAAGGGGGGAUGUUAGGUAAAGGCGAGUUUGUGAAUUCACUGAGACAGCUUUCUAGUCUGUCAUGGCCAAAGAGUUCCUAAUAUUUCAGGUACUUCUACAUGUUUUCUUAUUGCAAUAAUGAAAAGAAACUAUUUAUUCUUAAAUGAUUGUGUGUUUGAAUACUGCUACUUAAAACAUUAUUAAAAGACUUGCUACACUU